GUGCUGAAUUCAAGAUCCAGCUCAUAUUUUAGAUAAAACUUCAACGACAGAUCAGGGGAAAUGUCUGAGUCGCUUGGCAGUCGGACUAAAACGCUGAACUUUAAUGUCGGGGUGCUCGGACAUGUCGACAGUGGGAAGACGUCGCUCGCCAGGGCGCUGAGCAGCACCGCCUCCACGGCUGCCUUCGACAAGAACCCGCAGUCCCGCGAACGAGGYAUCACGCUGGACCUCGGCUUCUCCUCCUUCACGGUGGAUUUUCCUGAUCACCUGCAGGACAGCGGAGGGCAGCAGUACGACAGCCUUCAGUUCACCCUGGUGGACUGUCCGGGCCACGCCUCUCUCAUCAGAACUAUCAUUGGAGGUGCACAGAUCAUUGACCUGAUGAUCCUGGUGGUGGAUGUGGUGAAAGGCGUGCAGACUCAGACUGCAGAGUGUCUGCUGAUCGGAGAGCUGACCUGCCCCCGCAUGGUGGUCGUACUGAAUAAGACUGACCUGCUGCCCCCUAACAAGAGACAGAGUACCAUUGAGAAAAUGACCAAGAGGCUGCACAAAACACUGGAGAGCACCARAUUUAAGGAUUGUCAGGUGAUUGCUGUGGCGGCGAAGCCCGGGGGCCCAGAGGCCCCUGACACAGAGGAGCCACAGGGAGUGCCACAGUUAAUCGAGCUUUUGAAGAAACAGACAUACCUCCCUAAGAGAGACCCCAAAGGUGACCUGCUCAUGGCUGUGGACCACUGCUUCUCCAUCCGUGGACAGGGAACAGUCAUGACCGGCACCAUUUUGCACGGUUCCCUGGCUGUUAAUGAUACUGUGGAAAUCCCAGUGCUGAAGGUGACCAAGAAAAUAAAGUCGGUGCAGAUGUUUCGGAAGCCAGUGUCGGGGGCCAUGCAGGGGGAUCGUGUGGGCGUGUGCGUGACUCAGUUCRACCCCAAGCUGUUGGAGCGAGGUUUGGUGUGCACCCCGGGCUCCCUGCGCACCCUCUACGCAGCUGUUGUCUCUGUCAGGAAGAUAGGCUACUUCAAGGGCCCUCUUGCCACCCGUGUCAAGUUCCACAUCACAGUGGGUCACGAGACGGUCAUGGCGAGGGUGACCUUCUUCGGCCUGCCCCCYGUUGACUCUAAACCAGCUCCAUCGGAGCCUUGCUCACUGGAAACGGCCUUCACUUUCGACAGGGAGUAUUUCUACCAGGACGAAUAUGUUUCCAGUCAGGGAGACGGGAGUUCAGGGAUCGACCCGGAGCAGUGGGCCUUGUUGGAGUUUGAGCGACCGGUCACAUGUCCCGCGCUCUGUCUGGUCAUUGGCUCCAAGCUGGACUCGGACAUCCACGCCAACGCAUGCCGGCUCGCCUUCCAAGGCCGCUUGUUGCACGGGUUUGAGGAUAAAAGCUACGCUGAGACUUCACUGCCCGGUCUGCGAAUCUACAAGACCAAACACAAGGAGGGACAGGUGGAGCGGGUGACUGAUGAGUACUCUCUGAUCGGCCGCAGCUUGUUCAAAAAGGAGACYAAUCUGCAGCUCUUUGUGGGGUUAAAGGUCACGCUGUCCACAGGCGAGAGCGGAGUCAUCGAGGGAGGCUUUGGACAGAGUGGGAAGUUCAAGAUUCGCAUACCGGAGGGUCUUCGUCCCGAGACCACGCAGCUCUUCUCCUCCACAUCCAAAAAGAAAGGGAAGAGUGGGAGUAAAGGUGGAGCAGCAAACGAAGAGGAGCCCAAAGCGGACUUCCAGCCUGUUAGCAUUCACUUACAUUUCAAGCGAUAUGUUUUUGAUCCCCAUAAAAAGAUGGUUCAGUCUUGACCUUGGCUGACGUCUCCGAGUGAUGCUACAGUCGCUGCAGUAGCAGCAGGGAGCGUCAGGGAGCGUCAGAGGGCUUCUCGAGGUGAGGUGUGCUCCAGCUCUGCAGAUCAGGGAUAUGUUAUUUCACUUUGCUUUUUUCUCUCUCUUUGGAUGGAGACAGUUUACUGAAAUGCUGUGUUUGUGGAAUGCUGAACACAAACAGUGAUCGUUUUCUUCUCCUUUAAGGAGUUGGACUGAGUUCUCCAUCACGAGUGUCCAAGCUGUCUGCUCUUUCCAACACAUACAUUUGGUUUUUCUUUCAAAAUGUUGACUUAUUCUCUUAUUUUUUGCUGAUGUAAUCUGAAUGAGUUCUGCCUAGCAACAAAACUUUCUUUUGCUGUUGCUGUAAUUUCCUGAAAACACUUUAUUAUCAGAAAAACAGAUCUCAGGUUUGUUCAAAUGUUCCUCCAUCUCUGGAAAAACAUGAAGUUGCAGAUUUGUAUUUGUAUUCACUGGCUCCUGUUUUGUCAUUUGGGACUUACUUGCCUCUGCAUUUCUUUUUUUAUUUUUAUUUUCUAUGUAAUGAAUCAAUGCCAGGUGACUAAUGAUUUGCCUUUGAACUGUGUGAUUUGUGCUUAAAACUCAAGUUAUCAGAAAGAAAAAUAAAUAAAAUUCAAAUUUCUGCUCA